AUGGACGAAGCAAAGACUCUCAUCCGGACGGCAGUGCGCACUUUCUUCCCUCACCCUAAACAGAUCAUCAUUGUCGACGCCAUCCUCAUGCACUCAGUUCUACAAAUGGACGACCUGAACAUUCUCCUGAACUCUCAGCCCAAAGACAUCCGCAGCCUACUCAACCCUCUGCGCACUGCUCGGCUUGUCCAGACACAGUCCCGCAAUGAAGCCAAGAUCGGCUCUACAAGACCCUCGUCCAGAGAAUACUACUACUGUCCCUUCCACCCCGCAAUCGACGCAAUCAAAUACAAGAUCGCAAAACUCCGCAAGAAGGUGGAGGCGAUGUAUCAACAAGAUGAGACCAAACGCAAAGACUGGCGCUGUCCCCGCUGCAAGGCAGAAUAUGAAGAACUUGACAUACUCGACAAAGUUGGAGACGAAGGCUUCUACUGCGACAGAUGCCAUGCGACGCUGGUCCAGAACGAACAAGUCGCACUGAAAGACCGCGGCAACCACGAAAAGAUCAGAAAGCUGAAUGAUCAGCUCAAAAAGUUUGACGACAUGAUCCUCAAGAUCGAUCGGACAGACAUCCCCGAAAACGACUUCACGUCAGCGUGGGACCGAAAGAAAGACGUCCCCCGACCGCAGGGAAGUGGGAAAACAGACACAUCAGAACAGUACGUUCCUCUACAGAGAGGCAACAGGUACUACGACUACAAGAGAAGCGGCCCAGACAUGGUCGACGUUAAAAAUCUCACCGUCAACCUGACUAGUGGUGAGGAGCAAGAACGUGAAGAAGCAGAAAGGAAAGAAGAGCGCAGAAAAUUCCUCGCCAAACAGAAUCAACUGCCAGUGUGGUAUACAAGCAGUGCAAUCGGGGCUACCACCAAUGGAACCGCCACGGCUGCUACCACUCCAGAUGAAGAUGACGCCGGAGGAGAAGAAGAUGCAGAGGAAGAGGAAGACUUUGAAGAUGUGGAUGUCAAACCAGAACCAAUUAAUGGCAUCAAGAGAGAGUAUGAAGUUGCCUUCGAAGGAGACUCUGAAGAAGAUGAAGAGUUUGAAGAUGCAGUCUAA